AUGAUCGUUUUUCAUGUCCAUUUUUCAGGUGCUGAUUUAAAGGAACGUGCCUUAUUGAAAGAUCCUGAAGUGCUUCCAUUUGUCGACAAUAUCCGCGCCUUAACAACAGAUCUUGCGAAUCUUCCUGUACCGGUGAUUGCAGCUAUUAAUGGAUGGGCUCUUGGUGGUGGUUUAGAAUUAGCGCUCGCCGCUGAUAUACGUGUUGCAUUUGAAUGUUCGAGAAUGGGUCUUAUCGAAACGAAAUGGGGUUUAUUGCCCGGCGCAGGCGGAAGUCAAAGAUUACCUCGACUUGUCGGUGUGUCUUUGGCGAAAGAACUAAUUUAUACGGCUCGAGUAAUUGAUGGUGUCGAAGCUCUUCAAAUAGGACUUGUAAAUCAUGCAGUACCCGGCACUGAAGAGGCCGUUUAUGAGAAAGCGGUUGAUCUAGCUAAGCAGAUUCUGCAAAAUGGACCACUAGCCGUCAGAGCAGCAAAAACCGCCAUUUCUUGUGGAAUUGAGGUAGAUCUGGCUACUGGACUGCGCAUAGAGCAGCAAUGUUAUGGACGAGUAAUAUUUCACAUUUUUGUUUUCAUUAAUUCAUUAAUUUUGCUUUGA